GGCCCCACCUAAACCUUCACUGGAUACACGAAUCAAAAACUAAGACGGCGCGUUUUGCUCGAAACUUUAUUUCUAAAUACGCAAAAUCAAUAGCUUCAACCUGGAAGGAAAACCGAAGUUGGGUUCUAGGCACUGAAGCUGUUCGAAGAAAAGCCAGUGAGAGUGAAAGCUUGACGAUGAUACCAAGGUCACUGCAAGUGUUGGGCACCUGUGCUACAAUAAUCGUCGGUGGAUUCGUCACUCUCAAUUUCGCUUCAACUGUCACACUUGGUGCGCUUCGUGCUGUCACUGAAGCGAAACGGAAAAAGGUGGCGGCACCUUGUGGGUCUUGUAAAGGGAAAGGAUUUUAUAUAUGCAAGUUAUGCAAAGGAAAUGCAACUAUAAAGUGGUCGCCUUUGUAUGACCCUAUUUUUAUCAACCCUUGUCUUUGUCCUACUUGUGAGGGUAACAGGUUGGUGGUUUUCUUCUAUUUUUACGUUUUUGAUGCUUGGUUUCUCAGAACAUUUUCAUUUGCCAAAACUAUACCCACUUUUGUAAGGUUUUCUUUUUUCCUCUCCGUGGUGUGUUCUUGUUUCUGGAGCGCAACUUUUAUACCGGCUAUUGUUUUGGUUCUGAGAGAAGUUGGGAAAAUAAAGGAUAUGCAGAGCACCUACCUCCCUAAAAAGAACAUUUUAGUCAUCUCUUUCCUUUUCAUUGUAGUUUCUGAAGUAUAGUUGGUAUUGUAAGGUACUCUGGUGAUUUAGGCUGUCUGCUGUAAUUUUUAUUUAAUGAGAUUCACAUUAGAAAUUUAGUUGUA